GCUAUUUAGUCUGGCAUGGAGUUACCAGCUACUAAAUGUGCAGGCACACAGGGAAGUAAAUUGCAGAGUCCAGAACUGACACAAGCACCAGCCUCCCAGUUCCUUAUUCUGUUCUUUGUAUUUGUAACAUCCCCUUAUCUAAUCUGUACUGGUCCUGUGGAGGGGAAAGGAGGUCAGCACAUUCUGCAGCUUUCAGUGGGCAUCUGGGAGGUCUCCGGAGAAGCUUGCUAGGGGUGGCUCCAUCCUUGUUGUCGAUGCCUAUACAAAGUCAGGAUCUGAAAGAGCAAAGAGAAGGAAGUCAGAGGCUGGGAGUCCUCCGGACCGCACGGCACGCGCAUCCCCGGGUCCAGACACUGCGUUCUCCGCGGGUGCCGCGUGCGGCCCCGGAAAGCUGCCCCAAGCCUAGAGCUAACGAGCAGCCACAGCCUUCGGUGCUGCCCACCGGCCAAGCACGGCCGAGCACUCCAUCCUCAUCCCCAAGGAGAGGAGGCCGGUGCUGCGCGCGAGGGGAAACGGCGAGCCCCGGGGCCGGGCCCGCCCGGGGUCCGGGCUGCGUGAACUACCCGGGAAGCCGGUGGCCUCUCCAGCGACCUCGGCGUGCACCCGAGUGCGGGGUCACUCGGCCAUCUCCGGGGAAAGCGGAAGGAGAAGGAGGAAACGAGGAGCCGGCCCGGGGCAGAUCCGGGAAGGAAGGUGGCCUAGUCACCGUUACUCAGCACUUGGCCGAGAGGGGGGGGGGGGGGGCGGUGUGCACCAUCGGCGAGGAAUCCCGCCCUGCCAGCGCCGUCCUGGGCCUGACCCUCAUCUCCAGUCUCGAUAAGUCCGAUGAAGGCCCGGCCCGAUGCAGUUCCGCCCGCAGCGACCUCGGGGAUCCCGGGAUCCUGAGACGCCUGGCCCGCCGCGGGCCGCACACCGCAAGGACGCCCCGACUGCACACGGGGUCCACUCCCUUUCCCCCACCCGCGACGUUGGCGCCUAGGGGCUCCGGGCUGAGCGUGAGACGUGCCCAGUGCUCCACCCUGCGCCACUCUGACCACGCCCCCUAA